AAAUUGGAUUGUAACAACAAUUGCUGACAUUGCUUAUGUCCACUAAAUACAACAAUUUUGAAUGUAAUAUUUACUUCCAGGGUCCUAGGUCAAAGUUGACCGAUUGACGGUAGCACGCUAUUGGCUGACUGGCAAUGUUAUGAAAUUUCAUUGGCAGACGAACACACGCCUUUCACCAAUCUGAAAGAGCACAACAGACGCCAAGGGGAUUCAUGUUCGUCGGAUUGAGUCAACAUUAAGCAUGCUGACUGCACAGAGGGCAUGUGCAGCAAUGGCUGCCCGGCGCCUGGUUAGAGCUUCUUUCUCCUCAGCACACACACACCGCUCUCUGAUCCACACUUCCUCACCAUGCAAGGACCAGGAUGAGUUGCAUCCAGAAUGGGCCAGUCUGGCUAAGAAACAGCUGAAGGGGAAGAACCCAGAAGAUCUGAUCUGGCGCACGCCUGAGGGACUUAACAUCAAGCCUGUGUACACCAAAGUAGACUCAGUUGACAGGCCAGAUGAGUUGCCAGGAGUAUUUCCCUACACUAGGGGGCCCUAUCCUACCAUGUACACGUACAGACCUUGGACUAUCAGGCAGUACGCUGGCUUUAGCACUGUGGAGGAGAGCAACAAGUUCUACAGAGAUAACAUUAAAGCUGGACAGCAAGGUCUGUCCGUGGCUUUUGACCUGCCGACGCACCGCGGGUAUGACUCCGACAACCCCCGAGUCCACGGAGAUGUCGGCAUGGCUGGAGUUGCCAUAGACACAGUUGAAGACAUGAAGAUGCUCUUCGAUGGAAUCCCACUGGAGAAGAUGUCCGUUUCAAUGACUAUGAAUGGAGCAGUGAUCCCUGUGUUGGCGAUGUUUAUAGUGACCGGGGAGGAGCAGGGCGUGUCUAAAGCCAAACUAACUGGCACCAUUCAAAAUGAUAUCUUGAAGGAGUUUAUGGUACGCAACACCUACAUUUUUCCCCCGGAGCCUUCCAUGCACGCCAUCGCAGACAUUUUUGCUUAUACCUCCAAGCACAUGCCCAAGUUCAACUCCAUAUCCAUCAGUGGCUACCAUCUUCAGGAAGCUGGGGCUGAUGCCAUCCUGGAAGUAGCGUACACCAUCGCUAACGGCCUGGAAUACUGCCGCACUGGUCUGAAAGCAGGCUUAACCAUCGAUGAGUUUGCCCCGAGGUUGUCCUUCUUCUGGGGUAUUGGGAUGAAUUUCUACAUGGAAAUAGCCAAGUUGAGGGCAGGCAGGAGGUUGUGGUCCACGCUCAUUAAAGAGAACUUUCAGCCUAAGAACGCCAAGUCUCUGCUCCUCCGCACACACUGCCAGACCUCAGGCUGGUCUCUCACCGAACAAGAUCCGUACAACAACGUGGUCCGCACAGUGAUCGAGGCCAUGGCGGCUGUGUUCGGGGGGACCCAGUCUCUCCACACCAACUCGUUCGAUGAAGCUCUGGGCUUGCCCACAGUGAAGAGCGCUCGCAUCGCAAGGAACACUCAGAUCAUCAUCCAGGAGGAGUCGGGAAUCCCCAAAGUAGCAGAUCCCUGGGGGGGCUCACACAUGAUGGAGUCUCUCACGGAUGACGUCUAUAACAAAGCUUUGAAGUUCAUUAAAGAAAUUGAAGAGCUGGGAGGCAUGGCCAGAGCUGUGGCGGAGGGCAUUCCCAAACUUCGUAUUGAGGAAUGUGCUGCUCGCAGACAGGCCCGCAUUGACUCAGGAUCAGAAGUCAUUGUCGGGGUGAACAAGUACCGUCUGGGAAAAGAGGAGACUGUGGAGGUGUUGGCAAUAGAUAACAGUGUUGUACGGCAGAAACAGAUUGACAAACUGAAGAAGGUGAGGGAGAGUCGUGACCCAGAGGCAGCGAAGAAGUGUCUGGCAGCCAUUGAGGAGUGCGCCCGGACUGGGGAUGGCAACCUUUUAGCCCUGGCUGUGGAGGCAGCACGAGCCAGAUGUUCGGUCGGUGAAAUAACUGAUGCUAUGAAGAAAGUGUUUGGUGAACACAAGGCCAGUACCAGGAUGGUGAGCGGUGCCUACCGAAGCGAGUAUGGGGAGCAUGCGGAGAUUGCUGGGGCCCACAAUAGAGUUGCAGAUUUUAAGAAGCAAGAGGGCAGGAACCCUCGACUGCUGGUGGCAAAGAUGGGGCAGGAUGGUCACGACAGGGGAGCCAAAGUCAUCGCCACGGGGUUUGCUGACCUGGGCUUUGAUGUGGACAUCGGACCGCUGUUUCAGACUCCCCUUGAGGUUGCCCAGCAGGCGGUCGAUGCAGACGUGCACUGUGUCGGGGUCAGCACGCUCGCCGCAGGACACAGGACCCUGGUCCCGGAGCUCCUAAAGGAGCUACGGAAGCUCAACAGGCCAGAUAUCCUGGUCAUCUGUGGCGGCGUCAUCCCACCACAGGACUAUGAGUUCUUGUAUCAGAGCGGCGUGUGCGCCAUCUUCGGCCCAGGAACCAGAAUCCCACAAGCUGCUGUGGAGGUUGUUGACAGCAUUGAAAGGAGCUUGGAAAAAAUCCGGCAGGUCAUGUGAACUCUACUUACAACUGGAACAACUUGUCUAUUUAUGUUUUAUCAACAACAAAAGCCACAGGUGGGAACCCACACUUCUGUAUAGAAUCAGAUUUCUUACUGUGAGAACACGGCAUGUUCAGCAGUCAGAAUGAUUAAAAACCUUUUGGAUAGACAUGGUUGUAUUAACAUUAGUAUGUGAAAUAAGAUUUAUAGUGUUCUCACAGUUUGCUGUUUUCAGUCCUGUACCUUCACAAAGAAGAAAAGGUGAACAUUUAUCCACACUAUCUAGUUUUGUUCAUUCAGUAAAGAAAUCUCUCCCACUUGACUUCUUCAGUCAGAUAAUUGGGGAUGUCACCAUGCCUGCGUGUGAAUUGCAGUGGUUACAGCAUUAUUAAUAUCCUGUAAAUAUCCCAGGAGUUCAAGAAUAUGAAUGAGAAUACCUCUUGGUCAAUACUAUAAAGUUACACAAAUUAAACUAUAUUAAGACUUUAUCCCACACUU